CACACACACACACACAGUAGCUUGUACAUUAAUGGAGUUGACAGUUCUCUUGCGCACACAUAUACACACACACAUCUACUCUUCCUUCUGCCUCGCACAGCAAACGUGUUUGUGAGCACCAGAAAUGGCAAUGGUAACUUUGGAUAAGCAGAAGACUAUAGAUCUCCGAAAGAAACAUGUUGGUCCAUCCUGCAAAGUGUUCUUCGGUCAUGAUCCUAUCAAGAUUGUGCGAGCAAAGGGCCAGUAUAUGUACAACGAAAAAGAUGAGAAAUACCUGGACUGCAUAAACAACGUAGCACAUGUGGGUCACUGCCACCCAGAUGUUGUCAGUGCGGGAGCAAAGCAAAUGGAGCUUCUCAACACCAAUUCCCGAUUCCUGCAUGACAGUCUGGUUCUUUAUGCUCAGCGGCUUCAAGCCACCCUUCCCGAAAAGCUCUCUGUGUGCUAUUUUGUCAACUCAGGGUCUGAGGCAAAUGAUCUGGCGCUGAGGCUGGCUUGGCAGUACACUGGCCACAAAGGCAUCAUCACACUGGAGAAUGCCUACCAUGGUCAUGUGUCAUCACUCAUUGAUAUCAGUCCAUAUAAGUUUCAUCAGAUGGCUGGGGCAGAGCCGAGCCAAAAUGUGCACGUGGCUCUUAGUCCAGAUACCUAUAGAGGCAAAUAUCGUGAAGACCACCCAGACCCUGCCACUGCUUAUGCUGAAAAUGUCAAGGAAGUAAUCGAAAAGGCUCAUAAAAAGGGACAUCAGAUUGCUGCUUUUAUUGCUGAAUCACUACAGAGUUGUGGAGGGCAGGUCAUUCCUCCAAUGGGUUACUUCCAGAAAGUAGCACAGCAUGUGAGAAACGCUGGAGGCAUUUUCAUUGCUGAUGAGGUCCAGGUGGGCUUUGGAAGAGUGGGGACUCACUUCUGGGGCUUCCAGCUACAGGGAGAAGAUUUUGUACCAGAUAUUGUUACAAUGGGCAAACCUAUUGGAAAUGGCCAUCCAAUGUCAUGCGUGAUCACCAGCAGAGAGAUUGCUGAAAGCUUCGUGUCUUCUGGAAUGGAGUACUUCAACACAUUUGGCGGUAACCCUGUAUCAUGUGCUAUUGGGCUGGCGGUGCUGAAUGUAAUUGAGAAGGAAGAUCUCCAAGGCAAUGCCCUGCAUGUCGGAGGUUACCUGACUCAGCUUUUGGAAGAUCUGAAGAAAAGACACCCCUUGGUCGGUGAUGUGAGGGGACGUGGCCUAUUUGUUGGGUUGGAGCUAGUCAAAAAUCAGAGUAAAAGGACCCCUGCUACAGCUGAAGCUCAGGAUGUUAUUUACAGGCUAAAAGAACAGCGGAUUCUGCUAAGUGCUGAUGGUCCACACCGCAACGUUCUGAAGUUCAAGCCCCCCAUGUGCUUUUCCAGAGAGGAUGCUGAAUUCACAGUGGAGAAGAUUGACCAAAUUCUGACAGACUUGGAAAAUACUUUGGUCCUCCAAAGGCCUGAAGCAGGAAUUUCUGAGACUGGACACAGUAAGAGAAAGGAUGCCAGUGAUGAAAAUGGCCUUGUACAUCCUCCAAAUGGCAACAGCCACAUGCACACCAGUACAAUACCUCUGAGCAAAAAAACUAAAAGAAAUUAAUCUAAUGAAACAGCAAAGGACACUGCUUGUAAUUAUGUCUGUGACAUGUUUCCACGUUUUAAUGGAUUUACAAGUACAAAUUCGCUGUAUAAAGUUAACUUUGCCAUAUAUUUUAAUGGUGCUAGUAAGACUGCUAUCAGUGUUAUGAUUUAUAAUGAGCUGUGGAAUAAUUAAGACUGAGAAUGGUAUUAGCCUUUUACAUGGGAUUUAUAAAGCACUAUCAAAGCCGGAGCUUGUUAUUUGAGGGAGAGGCUACAGAUAAAGGUUUCAAUACACCCAUGGUAAAUUAGGCACUGCAAAUGCACUUUCAACAUUGCUUGUUUUGCAACAGUCAGUUAAACUUUACACAAACCUGAGCAGAUGCAUACUCAGCAGAUUCUGCGGAUGUAUGCUGCAGUGAAACAGCUGGAGAAUCACUCCUGUCUUACAGUAAUGGAGUGGAAAACACCUUCUAGAUAAAAGGGAACAUGGAAACAAAGUGAUGUAGAAUGAAAAAAAUUAACUAGAAAAAUUAUUUUAUCCUUAAUAAAACACAGACUUGGAUAACAGUUCACAGUUAUCUAGUUUCACCAUACACAUAUGUCUCAAUUCAAGAGUUUUGCAGAAUGUGGUAGUGGUAUUCACAGACCAUCCCAGAAAUUAACAUUGCCUUGGUUCCCACAACAAAAACACAAAAUGAUCUUUUUAUUGUAUUUGAAUUAUUGCAGUAAAUGACCUUUGUGUACUAUUUUUACUCAUUUUGUUCAUUAGGCAAGGCAAGACAAGUUUAUUUACAUAGCACAUUUCCUACACAAUAGUAAUUCAAAGUGCUUUACAUAAACAUGAAUAAAAGAAACGCGUAUAAGAUAACAAAAACAACAAUGAAUAAAAAUGAUUAAAGACAGAUUAAAAUGUGUUAAAACAGGGUUUAAAGCAAUGAAAAAAAGAAAGACAUUAUAGUGUGAUCUGUCGGAUGUAGCAAAGUGCACAUUCAGUAAAAUUCAGUGAUUUGCCUAAUGUUUGAGCACAUCUGAUAAUUUAUGGAAGCUGAUUCCCGCAGCGAGGGGCAUAGUAGCUGAAGGCUUAUUUACCCUGCUUUGACUGAACCAUUGGAAUUUCUAGUUUAUAUGAUCCUAAAACUCGGAUAUGGUUAGGUUUGUAUUCAGUGGGCAUAUCUGUAAUCUAUUGAGGUCCUAGGCCAUUUAGUGAUUUAUAGACAAGUAGUAAUACUUUAAUAUAUAUAAUUAUUAUUAUUUAUUAUAAAUUCCAGCCACUUUAGUCGACCAUGUCCUAUACUACCCAAGGUUUUCUAACUUCUCUCUGCCUGCAUUCUCUCCCUUUAUAAACCCGAUAGAGGAAUAUUUUUCUGCAUGGCGGAGGAAAGUGCAUGACUGAGAAAUUUAUAUCUGUAUUCACCUCCUCCAGGCCAUGGAAGAAGCAUGUGUUGAAGAGACAAUCCUUGUCUCUCGGGGGCCCUUCACAAAAUCUAAGUUACAGUUUGUAUAAUAAAAAUAAAAAAAAAAAUAAAAAUAAAAACUCAAUUAAAAAAUUUCACACAAUUUAGAUUUGCCCAACUGUAAGCACAUUGUCAGCUUCACACUUUUUGCAAAACAUUACACACAUUGAUUUGCAAAACAAUAAAAACUUUAUGCAUUUUAUGCAAAAGCAACAGGUAAGUCUUUAAUAAAUUUAGAAGGCAAUGUUGCAGUAAGUGGACAAGAAAGAAUGGGAUCCAGGAGACGGGAUGUGAUUCAAGCAAUCUUGGUUGAUAAUGGUUAGCUAUCAAUACUGCACUAUUUGGUAUUCCAUGUUUGAAACUUGUGUGCUGUCCUGUGACAUUUACAAUAAAAUGUUUUUGAUAGAUUGAGGGUGGAGAACAUAGGGGAGGCAAGGGGCCCAAGAGAGCUAUCAUAAUGUUUUUUUGGCCAAUAAUUUGAUAUGUUAGAGAGAAAUUCAGACAAAUAAAAAUAAAAUAAUAUUCUGAACCACCA